CAGCCUCUGUUGCACCCGGCGCUGCGACCUCUCGUCGCAGUGCUGGAGCACGGCUCGACCCAAGUGGUCUACUCUAAAACUUCAAAUAAGCGGCAAUGCCGUAAAGUCCUGCGAAAUCCAUGCCCCGCGAGCUUGCGCCUCUGUUGGCCUGGGACAGAGCGGAAAAUAUUUACUACAAAGGGCCGCCGCAGCACUGUGAGUGCAUUUGGGGAGCAGGGCCUCGGUAUUUGGAGAGGAGAAGUCCUUUCCUUUGUAAGCUGACCGCCUUUCACUACGCACCAUAGCCAAAAGCUGGCAGCUGC